ACACCUCGGCGAGCAGGCGCCAGACAAUGGAACUUGUCGACACGGGACGGUCAUCGCACAACACGUUCAGCAUCGCCGCCCUCAUGGCGAAUGAGCCGCCGGUCGUACAGGCUUACCUCCAGCACCAGCAGCCGGGAUCGUCGCCGGUCGGCGGAGGAGACGCACCGUCGGCCGGAAGAACUGCGUACCAGGCCGGGGACUGCUGCCUGGCGACCGACUGGGCCAGCACUCCCAGCUACGUCGCCAGCACGCCGGUGAAAGACAUGGAAGCCUGCCUGCUGACGAGCACCAAGGACCGACCAAGCCUCGCCGAGGCGUACCGGAGCUCGACCGAAUUCCCGGACGGCUGCAAGGGUUCCUCGGGAGAUGGCCGCGUCGGGUCGCCGUGCCUAGAAGGAGCUUCGUCGGGUGGCGGCCGCUGCUCUUCGGCAGAUGACGGCGGCGGCGGUAGGUCUUCUUCGCCCGCGCUCUCGCAGUCCGGCUGCUCCGAGGACGAGCGCAAACCGCUGCAUCCGAAACUGAUCGGCGUGAGCGCCUCGCUUGAGAUGAAGGCACUGUGGGACGAGUUCAAUGCACUAGGAACCGAGAUGAUCGUCACCAAGGCCGGAAGGCGCAUGUUCCCCACGCUACAGGUGAAGCUUUACGGGCUGGACCCGCACGCCGACUACAUGCUCAUGAUGGACUUCGUGCCCGUGGACAACAAGCGGUACCGGUACGCCUUCCACAGCUCAAGCUGGAUGGUUGCCGGCAAGGCGGACCCCAACAUGCCCCCGCGAAUUCACGUGCACCCGGAGUCUCCGUGCAAGGGCGCCCAGUGGACCAAGCAGGUGGUCUCCUUCGACAAGCUCAAGCUCACCAACAACCAACUGGACGACAACGGACACAUCAUCCUGAACUCGAUGCACCGGUACCAGCCCCGGUGUCACGUGGUGUACGUGAACCGCAAAGGGGAGGACACGUCCAAGACGGAGAACUUCCGCACCUUCAUCUUCCCCGAGACCAAGUUCACCGCCGUCACCGCCUACCAGAACCACAGGAUAACGCAGCUGAAGAUUGCCAGCAAUCCUUUCGCCAAAGGCUUCAGGGACUGCGACGCAGAAGACUGGAGCGUCCCUCCUGGCGUGGCAGAGAUGCUGGGUCACCACCACCUACCUCCGCCGGUCAAGAUGCCCAAGGUGCACCCGCGGCCUUCGUCCAUCCAGCAGCUGCUGCACGGUGUCGGCCACACGGCGGCAGCCUACACCAAGACCGAGAAAGACGAAGACAUGGAUCAGCUCAGCAAUGGCGCGCUGUUCUCUCGCGUGCUGGGUGCCACAGGCGGCGGCCCAGUGUCGUCUUCGUCGGCUGGCCCCGCAAGCUGCGCCGUGGGUCAGCCGUACCCGACCGACCUGUGCGGUUACUCUCAGGCCUACGACAACUACGUGUACCAGAUGAAGAUGGAGUCGCGCACUUCGCCCUACGGUCGACCCACGGCCGCUCCACCGGCCGCAGCCGUAGCCGCAGCCUCUUACCCCGGAUACCACCACCAUCCCGGGACUCCGGCCGCGGCUCAGGCGUACGGCGCCCUCUAUCCGCCCCGAGCGAAGCAGACGACGGGAUACGACUACACGACGCGGUGACGCGCGAACGUCCGUGGGUGGUUCCCGACGAAAAAAAUGCGAGAGUGCUGUUCUGUGUGCAAUUAAAAGAAACGCGCGCCGAGUCCGUCCAAUAUAGGUUGUAUGACCAAUGCGAAAGCAAGGGACGAGGAACACGAUGUACAGGCAUUUAUUUAUUUUUUUUUUUCAAAAGCGAUAUAGACGUGUGUUUCCCAUUACCGCGUUUGUCGACAAAUGGCGGGAGCUCGGACCUUUGAAGGAACCUCGAUAUUCGGCUUUUCAGCGUCUCCCCCCCCCCCCCCUAUUCCUUUGUUUCUAAGGCCAUGAUCGUUCUUAAGUACAAGAUAUCGCAGCGUCAACGAGAAGGACAAGGAAAGAACAUGAAAAACGCACAUACGUAAGAGCUGUUACUGCAGUCAUAUAAGAAGUGCUUUUUCCUUACUUCUCUCGUUUGUUUGCGCGUGCGGUAUCUCGUACUCAAGAGUUACGUAACAGUUGUCCCACGAAAAACCUUCCGAAGGAAACAUUUCUAUGCGGCCUCGCAAGUAUUGAACGUGUGCGAAUGGGAACCUGUGCGAUUUUCAUUUGCGUGGCCUUAAUAAGGAAUCACAAAAGGAGGUCAAAGAAAAAAAAAAUGUUCUAGAGUGAAAGCUCUCGCAACGCCUUACCGGCAAAAGUGAAGCCAGCGCUUAUUACCCACACUUUAUCUCGGAAGCAUGGUCCCUUCGGGUAGCGCUUGCUUAGAGAUCAAGUUGCUCUGUUAACGUUAACGCUAGGUUAAUUAUAUAAGAAAAUAUCGUUGCUCCCCACGAAAGUAACACAUCGAGAUAAGUAUAUAUUGAAGACCUCCAAUAAAAUUUUGCCACGUGUUUGAGGUUUCUUAAGGAAUCCAGUAACACAGACACACAUUGGGCCAUACCUGUCCGAAAAAUUUUGCCAUAAACUCAUGGGGCGUGGGAGUGAAACGCUCCAUUUUCGUAGUUAAACGCUAACGUUUUACCCUGCCCCUACUAACAUGGCGGCGGCGGCCGUCAUGUUGUGGCGGGUACGGCUUCAACCUUCAGGCAUAAUUUUCACUCCUGCUAUUCUUUCUAAAACCUCCUUGAUCAGAACCUCAAUAAGCAUGCAUUUCCUAAUCCUGUCUGUGUCUGUGCCACACUGCACGCGGUGCCGACCGCCUGGAUAAGUGGCGUGUCGUGUGUAUUUAGGCGCACGGUAGCGUUUAACUGUCUCGCGACGUCACGCGCUGGUGUCGAUAGCGCUAAUUUCGCCACAUUCGAAAACUGGAAACUCUAUUGUGUAUGCGCUCUGUGAGGUUAUAAGAAGCCCAACUCUACUUAAUGGGCGCUGCUGUGGCCUCCUUGUUCACGACCAACGACUGCACACGAAAGGCAGUACAGAAACAACUGGACUGAAAACCAUCUUGGUCUACCCGAUGAGCACGCGUUUUCACUGCUACGCGAAAUUAUGCUGUGUAGCGCGUAGGCACUAGUGAAACUGCUAUAUGUAUACACUGCAGCACCUGUGUGACUUAGGCUGCGUCGACCUUGGGAAACAGUAACACCUGUUUUGUGAUAACCAUGUGGCUGGUGCACGACAUCUCGCUCUUGAUGCUACAAAACUACUCCACAGUGCCGAUGUCCCUGUUCAAACCGCCCAUUCGUUUUGAUUUUGUGUGCAAUUGCAUAGUGAAGUAAAAUAAGUAUACGUGUAUAGCCUUUUACACUAUACGGUUCGUAUCAACGGCCCCUGCCUUUGUUUCGGCCGUUGGGACAAGAGUGCAAUAAUAUACCAAAGGUGUAUAGAGUGAAUGUACGCGCUAGGUUCGUAUAUUGGUGCCUUUAACUACACGUUUGUUCGUCCCCUGCAGGGACAGAGUGAUGGAUGUCGCAACACAGUUACUCGCGGCCUAGCAGCCGCAUUUGUGCCAUAUCUGUCGGUGUACCGUUGCCUUUGCUACCACGCAAGCGACAGUUAUUUCUGUUUUACACCGUGCAUUGUCGGUGGCUACCGGGACACAAAAGAUGUUACGAGGACGUGUACCGGCUCUCGCUUCCGACGUCGUAACAAUAUUAUUGUGAUUGUACAGAUUUAAGAUGCGAAAGUAAAGUGUAC